GCGGGAUCUUCCCCAGGUUUGGGCUAGCGGCCUUGGGGCUUUGUGAGGUAGCUGGGCUCGACUUGUUUGUAUUCCAGUGGAGUGGAGCUGACCCUACCCGAACAGGCCUCUGCCCUGCUUGGAUAGAGACCUCCGGAGAGGAGUAAAGAAUGACUGUUGAACAUCCUCAAGGCACCUGCAAGACCUCUAACUUCACCCUGGAGUUGAGCAGAAACCUGGCUUGCCUUUUCCCUCAAAUCAAUCUUGGACUCCAGACAAAGGGUGGAUCCUUUGAGCCAAUAAGCAGGUUACUGGUAACAGUACCUGAGGAAAGACAAAGCUACUGUGAAUCAAAGUUGAGACCAAGAAAUUAUUUCUGAAAAAGAAUAUUUAUGGAAUAGAAUCAUCCUGAUGGGAGAUAAUGGAAAACCUUACAAAACACAGCAUUGAGUGUUCAAGUUUCAGAGGUGAUUGGGAAUGUAAAAGCCAGUUUGAGAGAAAACAGGGAUCUCAGGAAGGACAUUUCAGUGAAAUGAUAUUUACUCCUGAAGACAUGCCCACUUUCAGUAUCCAACAUCAGAGAAUUCAUACUGAUGAGAAACUCCUUGAAUGUAAGGAAUGUGGGAAGGAUUUUAGUUUUGUAUCGGUCCUUAUUCGACAUCAGCGAAUUCAUACUGGUGAGAAACCUUAUGAAUGCAAAGAAUGUGGCAAGGCCUUUGGUAGUGGUGCAAACCUUGCUUACCAUCAAAGAAUUCACACUGGUGAGAAGCCUUUUGAAUGUAAAGAAUGUGGGAAGGCCUUUGGUAGUGGCUCAAACCUUACUCACCAUCAGAGAAUUCAUACUGGUGAGAAACCCUAUGAAUGUAAGGAAUGUGGGAAAGCCUUUAGUUUUGGAUCAGGCCUUAUUCGACAUCAGAUCAUUCACAGUGGUGAAAAGCCUUAUGAGUGUAAGGAAUGUGGGAAGUCCUUUAGUUUUGAAUCAGCCCUUACUCGGCAUCACAGAAUUCACACAGGUGAGAAACCUUAUGAAUGUAUAGAUUGUGGUAAAGCCUUUGGCAGUGGUUCAAACCUUACUCAACAUCGGCGGAUUCAUACUGGUGAGAAACCUUAUGAGUGCAAAGCAUGUGGAAUGGCCUUUAGCAGUGGUUCAGCCCUUACUCGGCAUCAGAGAAUUCAUACCGGUGAGAAACCAUACAUAUGUAAUGAAUGUGGGAAGGCCUUUAGUUUUGGAUCAGCCCUUACACGACAUCAAAGAAUUCAUACUGGCGAGAAACCUUAUGUGUGUAAGGAAUGUGGGAAGGCUUUUAAUAGUGGCUCAGAUCUCACUCAACAUCAGAGAAUUCACACUGGUGAGAAACCGUAUGAGUGUAAAGAGUGUGAGAAAGCCUUUAGAAGUGGUUCAAAACUUAUUCAGCAUCAAAGAAUGCAUACUGGUGAGAAACCUUACGAAUGUAAGGAAUGCGGGAAGACCUUUAGUAGUGGUUCAGACCUUACUCAACAUCACAGAAUUCAUACUGGUGAGAAACCCUAUGAAUGUAAGGAAUGUGGGAAGGCCUUUGGUAGUGGCUCAAAACUUAUCCAACACCAGUUAAUCCAUACUGGUGAAAGACCCUAUGAAUGUAAAGAAUGUGGAAAGUCCUUUAGUAGUGGUUCAGCUCUUAAUCGGCACCAGAGAAUACACACUGGUGAGAAACCCUAUGAAUGUAGGGAGUGUGCGAAGGCUUUUUGUAGUGGCUCAAGCCUUACUCAGCAUCAGAGAAUUCAUACAGGUGAGAAACCUUAUGAAUGUAAGAACUGUGGGAAGGCUUAUGGGAGGGGUUCAGAGUUUCAGCAACAUAAGAAAAGUCAUAAUGGUAAGAAACUCUGUGAAUUGGAGACUAUAAAUUGAAAUUAUGUGCUGAAGGAAGGACUCUAAACAUAUGACAUAAGAAAAUUCAUAGUGGUGAAAAUCUCUACAAACAGAACUAACGUACAAAUGCCUUACUUAUGCUUCACAGGUUAGUCAGUCUAAGAAAAUUUAUACAGGAAAAAAAUCACCCCAAAUAAAUAUUUGAAGAUCCUUAUCUAUAUUCAUUCCUUUAUUACUUUGGAAAAUUCUUACUUGUGAAUAUUAAAAAUGAAAAAAAUCAUUUAUUGUAUUUUG